AUGGACCAUUGCAAACCUCACAAAUACGAGCUUCAGACCUUGAAAAAUGGCAAGGUAGAAAACCUUCGACCGAGGAAAGGUGCCAUAGCUGAGAUCCUGACGAGAUUCAUCAAGCCCAGGCAGCCAAAUCCGCCGGGUGGCGAGCAUCGCAGCAUGGCAGUUCUGGAAGAAGAGGAUAAAGACGACAAUCACAAUAAUGUGGAUGAAGACAAACUACCUCAAUAUGCUGAACCAAGAGAUGAAGAGGAUAAAGAUGACUACUAA